GGCCUCUCCACGCUCACAUCACAUUUGUUCAGUUUUAGUCCUAGUGUCCUACUACGAGUAAGAGCACAUACACGCGAUGGGCUCGUCACCUCACGUCAUCAUGAUGGUGAGCCGACUUGUCGUGGACAACUUCUUGGGGGUCUUUGCGGUGGCCGUCGCUGCCGCCGUGGUUGGGAAGGCGUGGCCCGUUCGCCUCGAAGAGAUCCUAGAGCAGAUGCUCGCCUUGCCGCGUGUCUACGUCUUCAUGGCGGUGAUCCUGGCGGCGGCCCUGGAGAAGAUGCGGCGCAUGCGGCGGCUGCGGGAUGUGUACCUCGUGGAGUACGGCUGCUUCCGGCCCAAGCCCUGCUACCGCACGCCGUUCGCCACGUGUCUGGAGCAUGCGCACCUCAUGCCGUACCUCGUCGACGAGGAGAGCGUCGCCUUCGCGAUGCGGCUGCUCGAGCGCUCCGGGCUCGGCGAGGAGACAUGCGUGCCGGACGCGUACCACUACAUGCCCCCGGACCGCAGCCUCAAGGCGUCCCGGGACGAGGCCGAGCUGGUCAUCUUCGCCGCCGUCGACGACGUGUUCGCCAAGACGGCCGCGAUCAAGCCAGCCGACAUCGACGUGCUCAUCGUCAACUGCAGCAUCUUCACGCCGGUUCCGGUGUUUGCCGACAUGGUCGUCAACAAGUACAAGCUCCGCUCCGACGUGAAGAUCAUGAACCUGUCGGGGAUGGGGUGCAGCGCUGGGCUCGUCUCGGUCGGCCUCGCCAGGAAAAUCCUCCAGGUGGCGCCGGCAGGCACGCGCGUGCUGAUAGUGUCCACGGAGAUCCUCUCGUCGCAGUACUACGUCGGCACGGAGCGUGCGAUGCUGCUGCCCAACUGCCUCUUUCGCAUGGGCGCCGCGGCCAUGAUCCUCUCCAACUCCCCGAGUGAGGCGCGGUUUCGUCUCCGUCGUGUGGUGCGCACCGUCACCGCCGCACGGGACGCCGACUACCGUUGCGUGUUCCAGGAGGAGGACGACAAGGGGAACACCGGCAUCCGCCUCUCCAAGGACCUCGCCACCACCGCCGGCUACGCGCUCAAGAACAACAUCGCGGCUUUCGGGCCCCUCGUCCUGCCGGCCACGGAGCAGCUCCUCGUCGCGCUGUCCCUGCUCAAACGGAGGCUCCUCAGAGGGCGCGCCAAGGUGAGGCUGUAUCGCCCGGACUUCCGCACUGCGUUCGAGCACAUCUGCAUUCACGCGGGCGGGCGUGGAGUGAUCGACGAGGUGCAGGACGGCCUCGGCCUCUCCGACGACGACGUGGAGGCGUCGCGGAUGACGCUGCACAGGUUCGGCAACACGUCCAGCAGCUCGGUCCUGUACGAGCUAGCGUACCUGGAAGCCAAGGGCCGGAUGAAGAAGGACGACAGGGUGUGGAUGAUCUCCUUCGGUGCCGGGUUCGACUGCAACAGUGUCUCGUGGGAGUGCGUCAAGCCGGCCGGCGACGCCGACGGGCCGUGGGCCGAGUGCGUCGCCCGCUACCCCGUGCAGCUGCCCGAAAUCGACAAGGACAUGUGAGGGGGAGCUCUCUGCUGUACUUAAUUACGUGCAUUGUAUACCUGCCUAGAUUUGGAUCAUGCCGCAUGGGGAAGGGUUUAAGGAAGAAUCCUAGCUUCAUACCUUACUUAGUACUAGUAGGCUAAAAGUACAGGCCAAUGAUGUUGAUUUGAUGUAUUUGUAUUAAUUAUUGAUUGAAUCCCACAAAAUUGAAGUCCGUUCUGUA